AUCUUGUUUGCCUGACCUGCCAGGAGGUAAUAGCAUUCCGUUUCUUUUCUUAACUAUGUGAAAGAGAAAUGGAAGUUUCAAUGGCAUCCUUCAGGUUAUUCAUUUACACAGGGGAAGCUGUGAGCUCCGAGGAGAGGCGCAGCCGCCCUGCGUUCCUAACCAGCUCAGCAGAAAGGAACAGCAUCAGUGUACGGACCAUUACCCAAACCCAGAGCUGUGGGAGUGCACAGUUUGGCUUCUCUGCCCUGAUCUCUUGCACAAAUUCAUUGACUCUAGCAGAAGUUCCCUAGCUGCGUGAAUCAAAGAGCCGUGCUCUUCUCCCCACCAGUGCUGCUGUUGGGUGUUUCUGACAACAGGAUUCCUGAUGAAGAAGCCUAAAAUCCCCCUGGGCUGCUUCUUGAUUCCAUUUUGAAGGUGAACAAUCAGAAUAAUGUUCAACAUAAACCUGUUGGAGAACCUGAAGGUUUACAUCAGCAGCCGGCCUCCGCUCGUGGUCUUUAUGAUCAGCGUAAGCGCUAUGGCAAUAGCUUUCCUGACACUGGGUUAUUUCUUUAAGAUCAAGGAGAUCAAGUCACCAGAAAUGACAGAGGACUGGAAUACUUUCCUCCUGAGAUUUAAUGAUUUGGACUUCUGUAUAUCUGAGAACGAAACCCUGAAGCAUCUCAUCAAUGACACCACAACUCCAGAAAGUACAGUCACCAGCGGGCAGGCGAGAUCUUCCACGCAGUCCCCACAGACUCUUGAGGACUCUGGUCCCAUCAACAUCUCUGUUACAAUCACUUUGACACUGGACCCACUCAGACCAUUUGGCGGAUAUUCCCGCAACAUCACACAUCUAAGUUCCACCAUUUUUGGACACCAGAUUGGACUCUCAGGCAGAGAAUCCCACGAGGAGAUAAACAUUACGUUCACACUGCCGGCUGCCUGGAAUUCAGACGACUGUGUUCUUCAUGGUCACUGCGAGCAGGUUGUCUUCACAACCUGCAUGACUGUGACAGCAGCCAGCAAUGUAUUCCCUGUCACAGUUCAGCCACCACAUUGUGUCCCUGAAACAUACAGCAAUGCUACGCUUUGGUACAAGAUCUUUACCACAGCAAGGGACUCUAAUACCAAGUAUGCACAGGAUUAUAACCCCUUCUGGUGUUACAAAGGAGCAAUUGGAAAAGUGUAUCAUGCUUUAAAUCCCAAACUAACUGUUAUAGUUCCAGAUGAUGAUCGCUCUCUAAUAAACCUACAUCUCAUGCAUACCAGUUACUUUCUUUUUGUGAUGGUGAUUACAAUGUUCUGCUAUGCAGUUAUUAAAGGCAGACCAAGCAAACUGAGACAAAGCAAUACAGAAUUCUGCUCUGAAAAGGUUGCUUUGUCAGAAGCGUAAUCCAUCCUCUCAUCUUACUGAGAAUGACUGAGAACCGUAAUCAUUGCCUGCUGAACCCAGAAUGGGUCUUGACACUCUGUGAAUACAUUAUCUUGCAAUGUUGGUUUAUUCCAACCAAAGACAUUUCAAGUGCCUGUAAUUGACUUGUACAUAUUUAUAAAGGUGUAUUCAGAGUAGAUGAUGCACUUGUUCCGCAUUGUAGUGCGGCCAGAAGCGUUCAGUCUUUACCUGUGGACAUAGCUGAAUGUUGGUGUAGAUAUGUUUAGUGAUAUGGCUACAUAUAGUCAGAGCAAGAUAUUUUUGUCUAGCUGCAUCUGGGCAGGUUAAGAUGCCUUUGCAAAUGUCUCAAACCAACAAAUCUUUGUUAUUUGCCCAAUGAUAUGUACAGUGUGUUUGAAACGGUAUGCACCUUUGAUAUAAUACUGCAUUUCCAGAGCCACCAAUCUACUACAUGAGUUCAAUGUGUGUUUGUGUGGCCUGAUACCUUCUUCCAUUUGCUCCUUGCUUGCGAGAAAAGAUAUCAACAGUUUUAGGUUUAUUUUUGGGGGAAAAAAGAAAUACAUAUACACGUUUUAAUAGUGCUGUAUUUAGGACAAACUUGUGCUUUUAUUCAUAGUAAAAACUUAAGAGGUGAAGUCCCAUUUUAAAAUCUUUCUUAUUGAAAACUAAGUUUGAUUCUUAUUGUUAUUUUUUUUUUCCAUUUGGCCCGCUGAAUGCCAGAGGGUCAGUCAGCACUGAGACUGCCUGGGAAGCUUUCUGCUUGGCCUCCCAUCUGCAGCCCUCAACCCCGGAACGUGCAUCCAUGCUGCAGAGCAGCUCUCUGUCAGCCUUCUUUCUAGAAAGUGACACUUGGUAAAAAGAUGCAUUGUGCUGUCUGUGGGGGCUCUGCACAGCCUCAGGCAAGUGCAAAUAAUGAAAGGAAAAGAAAUCCUGUCCUCUGUUACAAAGCCUCACUCUGGGGCUCUCCAUCCAUCUCUGAAGGGCAGCGGAAAGUGUCACUUUUAUUAGCUUAGGCCAAUCUCCAUUUAAUGCUGUCCACUCAGGGGAAGAUGACAAGGAGGGAACCAGGGCUGUCGUAAUCAAGGUCAAAGAAACCACACAGUAAAAUUCAUACUGUUCUCUGUGUCCAUUCUUCAAUCAGAGGAGCUUUAUUAUGUGUUUUUUUUUCUCUUUUCCAUUCUGGCUUUUGCUGUUUAUUUCCCUCCUGUUAUUCAGUAACCUCAUUAAUUUUCAGGAGUUGUGGUUUUCCUGCAGACAUUUCCACCACUGCUUUUAAAAUCUCACUGGUUGCCUUAACUGACCUUCCAUCUUCUCUGUGUAGCCUAGGUCUGCAAAAAUACACUUAGGAGCUUUUUUCUCUCUCUUUUCCUUUGAUAAACUUCACUCUACACAAAACAAGACGACUCAAGUCAAAAUCUUACAGUCUCCAUUGUGCUGGCAUAAGAUUCUUAGUUUAUUAUCAAUAGACACUGUUGUGGAUGGUACCCUGCUGGUCUGUGGGCCUGUAUAUAUAGGACUUCAGCAUUCAGUAAGUUUGCUUCAGAUGCUCUGAAGAGCAGUCAAGGGCCACACUUUUUGAUUAGAACAUUUCCAUUCCAGAAUUCAGUUACUUAAGCAGUGGUAACUAAUAUAUUUUUUUCUCCAGCGAUGUUAAAGCAAAGCUCAAGAGAUGGCCCACUUUGAAGUCUAGGGAUAAAAGGAAGCUUCCAGUUUUCUCCUGAUGCUGCUAUGGGCUAAUAUUGUUUCAUUGGCGUGGGUCAGCAAGGUAAAGCAGCUUCUCUUGGAAAUUGUCUGGGCUGUUCCUGAUCCAUGCAAACCACCUUCUGCUUUAGUGCUGACUGUGUUGCCUGGGAGGGUGGCUUGGUGUGGGGACCAAAGGCAGGAAGAGGAAAGUGAUUGGGGUGGUGCUGCAGGUUCUAGAAAUACCUAGAGGACACUGAUAGUGACUCCUUUAAAAAAAACAAACCCACCUCCUUCCAGCAAACUAAAAAUCCACCUCCAGAUGUCCCAUUUACAAAUUGAUCUGUUGGGGGAAAACAUAUGGAUGUAUAUUUAUUUUUUUUUUAAUUUGGUUUUGCUAUUUGGUAAUGAGAGGAGCCUGCUUUGUGGUUCAUUACCCACUGUAUGGAAAUACAGAGAAAUAGUUGAGAUUGUGACCAAUGGAAGCAAAAGGGAAAACGUUAAAGAGCUGUGUUUUUGGCCUUAGUUUUUCCCUUUGCCCCAUUAUUGCAGCAGGGAGGAAGGUGUCCAUCAGGUUGGGUUGCUGCAAUCCUGAGGAAUAUCAGAUUGUUCCUAGGCAUGAUGUAAAACAAGUUAAAUGCAGCCAAACAGAAAAAUAAAAACUUAAUAUUAGAGUUCAGAUCAUAUUGAUCUUUCCUUUUUUUUUUUUUUUUUUUUUUUUUUGUUGUUUUCUUUUUCUUUUGAACUAUGACUUGAAUCAGUUUUGAUUCUAUUUGUAUGUGUUUUCUUGUUCUUAGAAAGCUGCCAUUUUCUUUUGCGUUUUUCUUUGGCAUUACAUAGAAAAUCUGAGCCUUGGUUUUCAACCCUCUGCAGGUGGUUGUAGGGUUAAGAUGGCUUUUUUGUUUUGUUCUUACAUUUCACUUGUCUUGUUGCAUGACAGUUCAUAGCUGAUUUGGAAAUGACAUUUCUCUCCUAGAUUAAUUUUGUGUUUGUAUGAUGAUGUGCAUAUUGCUUUGCAGAAUAAAAACAGUGAAGUUUA